GAGACCUGUUUUCAUACAGUCUACGGUUGGUUGAGAGAGACGUCACUCGCGCAGUUAUCUAUUUAUGAUAUUUACCUUAUAUCUUAUCGGUUGCUUAAUAGCAUCAUAACCUGACAAGUUUUUACUCUGUCAGCAGAUAACUAGUUAUCUGUAACAAAAGAGAGUCGGUGGGUGAAAAAAAAAACCCGCCUAAACUGAGGGCAACAUGAACUGGGUCGGAGGAUCUAGGUUUGUGCUAACUUGCUAACUUUAUUGAAACUCGCUAAUAACUGACAUUACUUGGCUGUAAAGUCAACAUUUCAAGGAGGAGCAGGUAUAUGAAAAGCAAAGAAGACACAACAAAACAAAGAGCGUUUUUUCAAAAGCAAAGGAUGAAAAGAAAGUCAAAUACUGAGGAGUCUCCCAAAGGAUACAACCCUGACAAUAUGGAUCUGCUGACAUUAUUCAUAGUAAACCAGAUUUCAUCAAAGAAAGAGCAAACAGAAAAACCGAAAACAAACCUUUUGACUGGUGUGAAAAGAAGCAAAAGAGCUCUGAAAGAACCCUCGGAGUUACCUAUGAGCCCUUGUUCUCCUUCAAAUCUGAACCUAGUUACCAGUCAGCCACAGUACUGUAUUGAUACACCUGGUUAUAAAGUCAGAAAACAUCGUCUCUCUGAAGAAUUCAAGUUCACGCCCGUAAGGAUGACUAAAAUGCUGUCUCCUUUGCUUGAAUCGAACCUGUCUGAUGCCAGUGGCUCAGAAAAUCAACCGCAACCGCCCUCAACAUCAUCUGGCUCUUCAGAUCCAACCCAACCCAAACCUGCACAACACUUAUCCUCUUCUCUGCCAACUCUGGAGAAUCUCAGCAGUAUGAAGAAAACUCCUCAGUUUGUCUCAUUCUCUAAACCAACAAAGCUGGCUAAUCCAUGGCCAAAUGAAGCUCUCCUGCAAGAUGUGUCACACAACAGCUCAGCAGCUGGAAAUCAGUUUGAGAGCACGUUACCAAAAAUCUGUUGCAGCCCAGAGAGGGGAGAGCAUUCAGAGGCCUCAGGUUCAUAUCCACUCAACCCUUUAAAGAGCACUGAAGAACCGGAGGAGCCACUGUUCAUAGAUUUUAAGAACUUAGAUUAUAAAGUGAUCGACUCAAUGAAUCCUUGUGACAGAUCACAAAACAUGGACAGUAAUGGCCACCUCUCAACACAGGGAUUUGUAUGUACUGACAGUAACACAUAUUUUUCAGCAGGUGCUGAUGGUAGCAGCGUCUUUGUGCAUGUUGGAAAAUCUCCAAGAGGAGUUCAUCUCAGCUCAGAUGACACAGAAGCACAAAGGUGCGAUGGGACUCUCCCAAUAACUUUGGAAACAGGGACACAAACAGGAGCGUUAUCUUACCGAGAUGUGUCAGUUCAGUGCUCACUUAUUCACCACCCUUUCCCUUCUGCUAAGAAAACCAGCGCCUUUACCACAAGGUGGCAGUAUUCUAAUUUUAAUCAGUUGCUUAAUCCAACAACACAUACUUCUCCAAAAAAUGGGCACAAAAAAACAGGAAACAUGCCUUCAGGGGCAUCAGCAACAAACCAGCAGGUGCAGAGACAUCCAAAAUCACAAAUGGGCUUCUCCUUCCGCAAGCUUCAUAGUCAGAAGAGCAUGAAAAGAGAUCUGACGUCAGCUUCGAAACAUCCUUUCUGCAACGCCUCAGAACAGAAAAAAGAGGAAAGCAGGAAGAAAAUAGAAAAAUGUGACUACCCUCGGUUGGGAAAUGUGACGCGAAACCCUGUUAAGGACGUCAGCCAUGCAGGAGAGUUCAUGAAAGAGAUGAAGAGGUGUAGAACUUCACAGCAGAGAAAGGUGUGAACUCGGUUUCUACAGAAAUGAAAAAAAAAAAAAAAAAAACUUCCAAGAUGUUGCUGACGUUGAAGCAGAGAAAGGA